AUGAGUACCGCAGAAAAGAUGCCGGAUUCAAUUGAAAAAAGCCUUCAAAACAUUUUAAGCGGGUUACCACUGCAAGGAAACGAAGCAGAAAUAUGUGAUUUCUCAUUAGAAGAACAAAACGAAGCGCUGGAAUCCCAGGGAAUACAACCCAGUGUAGAUCCUAAAUACACCCCGGUAGUGUGUGAAACUGUCAUGUACAUAGUAGCAUGUGUUAUUAUAAACGAAUACGACGAAAUUCUGAUGAUGCAAGAAGCCAAGAAGUCCUGUGCCGGAAAAUGGUACUUACCAGCCGGUCACAUGGAAAAAUCGGAAAACAUAAUGCAAGCCUGCGAGCGAGAAGUGCUGGAGGAAACGGGCCUGAAAAUCCGGUGCAACACUUUGCUCAUCGUAGAAUCGGCCAGAGGUAACUGGAUGAGAUUCGUACUCACAGCUAGCGUACUCGGAGGACAAUUGAAAACUCCCUCCGAAGCAGACAAGGAAUCCUUGCAAGCCAAAUGGGUGAAGAACUUGGACGAAUUGGAAUUGAGGGCCGGUGACAUUAAACAUCUUAUAGAAAGAGCCAGGAGAUAUUAUUCAGCUAGGCAGGCGGGCGAGGAAGGUUGGUUCAAGGACCAGUUGCCCACUCUCAGAGCCUACUGCAAGCAGCUCUUGCGGCUCGUCGUGGUCAUCAAGAAGAAAUCCAACAAUCGCGUGCACGUUUUGCUGAGCGAAAGGACUUCCUGGCAUUUGCCCGCGUGCGAAAUUCACCCGACGAAGAGUUUGCAUUCCACGUUGAGGCGAUUUAUGAUUGAACUGUUCGGGGCGGAGGUCCCUUCGCACAGACCCUGCGGAUUGCUAUCGGUUGAACAUGACGCUUCGAUGGGCUUGGACGGGCUUUGUUUGACCCUAUUGGUGGCGUUUAGGGCUCCUUUGGAGGAAGUUCCCAUCAUCAGCAAGUGCGUUUGGCACGAAGUUUCUUCAAAGGACUUGAGCGACGAGUUGUUGACGAAAGUUUCUUCGAAGAACGCCACCUUUUUCUUGAACGUUAUUAAAUAA